UGCGUCAGAGGCAACACGUUUCAAGCAUACAUAUGUGUAGCAUUUCAUCCUCAAGCGUGUAGCAGACUCAGAGUAUAUCCUACUUACAGUUGUAGUUUCUCUGCGUUCACCCACCACGUCGUUCCUCAGGCUCUUCUCCAGAUUUGUCUGCUAUUCAAACAUGGGGAAAAGAAGCAGACAGCGGCAGAAAAACCAAAACUCUGGCAGGGAUGACAGAGAUAACGCUGGCUGGGGAGCAGGCUAUGCUGACAUUGUUAAGGAGAAUAAGCUGUUUGAGCAUUAUUACAAGGAACAAGGUUUGGUGCCUGAAGGAGAGUUUGAACAGUUUAUGCAAGCAAUGAGGGAACCGCUGCCUGCAACGAUCCGCAUCACAGGAUACAAGAGCCAUGCCAAAGAAAUCCUCCACUGUCUGAAGGACAAGUACUUUAAGGAUAUUCAGGAGGUAGAGAUUGAUGGCCAGAAGAUGGAGGCUCCACAGCCUCUGAGCUGGUAUCCUGAUGAGCAGGCCUGGCACACUAACAUGAGCAGGAAGGUUAUCAGGAAGUCUCCCCUGCUGGAGAAGUUCCACCAGUUUCUGGUCAGCGAGACUGAGUCGGGUAACAUCAGCCGGCAGGAAGCUGUCAGUAUGAUUCCUCCUCUUCUCCUAAAGAUUGAGUCCUACCACAAGAUCCUGGACAUGUGUGCAGCUCCGGGGUCAAAGACAGCGCAGCUUAUUGAGAUGCUCCAUGCUGACAUGGACGUGCCCUUUCCAGAGGGUUUUGUCAUUGCCAACGAUGUGGACAAUAAGCGCUGCUACCUGCUUGUACACCAGGCCAAGCGUCUCAACAGCCCUUGCAUCAUGGUGGUCAACCACGACGCCUCCUGCAUCCCCUUGCUGAAGAUCGACUCGGAGGGCAAGAAGGACAUUCUCUUCUACGACCGCAUCCUGUGUGACGUGCCUUGCAGCGGGGACGGCACCAUGAGGAAAAACAUAGACGUGUGGAAAAAGUGGACGACCAGCAACAGCCUGCAUCUCCAUGGGCUCCAGAUGCGCAUCGCAGUGCGUGGUGUAGAACAGCUGGCUGUGGGAGGGAGGAUGGUGUACUCCACCUGUUCACUCAACCCUAUAGAGGACGAAGCUGUCAUCGCAGCACUGCUGGAGAAGAGCGAAGGAGCUUUGGAGCUGGCUGACAGCUCAGCUGAUCUGCCAGGGCUGAAGUGGAUGCCUGGGGUCACUUCCUGGAAGCUGAUGACCAAAGAGGGUCAGUGGUACCCGACCUGGGCUGAUGUUCCAAGCAGUCGUCACACACAGAUCCGCCCCACCAUGUUCCCACCGACAGACCCAGAGAAACUUGCUAGCAUGCAUUUGGAGAGAUGUAUGAGGAUUCUGCCACAUCACCAGAACACUGGGGGGUUCUUUGUGGCUGUGCUGGUGAAGAAAGCGCCAAUGCCAUGGAACAAAAGAUAUCCCAAGGUGAGGAAAGACGUGUCGUCCGUCUCAGAGAACCAGGCUGGAGGCCCUCCUGCAGCCCUGUCCCCCACAGACGCUCCCUGCCUCCCAGAGAGAGCUGAGGAGGAAGAGGGGGAGGCAGAAGGACCAGAGGGAAUAGUAGAGGAUGUGCCCAAAGGAGCGUCCUUGGCCCAGGAGAGCACAGCUAAACGAGAGGGAGUUUGUGGACCACCACCCAAUAAGAAGAUGAAGAUUUUUGGUUACAAAGAAGACCCCUUUGUGUUCCUUACUGAAGAUGACCCUGUCUUCACCAGCAUACAAUCUUUCUAUGAUAUAUCUCCCGACUUUCCCAAGGUCAACGUUCUAACCAGGACUCACGAGGGAAAGAAAAGACACUUGUACAUGGUAUCCAAAGAACUCCGCAACGUGCUGCUCAACAACAGUGAGCGCCUGAAGGUCAUUAAUACGGGGGUGAAGGUGUGGUCUCGUAACAGUGAUGGAGAGGAGUUUGGCUGUGCCUUCAGAUUGGCUCAGGAGGGAAUUUACACUCUUCAGCCAUACAUCCGCUCCAGGAUAAUCCGAGUGAGCGUGGAGGACAUCAAAGUGCUGCUGACCCAAGAGAACCCCUUCCUCAGCAAACUGGAACACGAUGCUCACGCUCAGGCCAAGAAAACUGUUAUGGGCAGCAUUGUGUUGAAGUACAUUCCCAACCCAAAUAACCCAGCAGAGCCCCAGUGUCCUAUCCAGCUGUGUGGCUGGAGGGGAAAGACGUCCAUCCGCGCCUUCGUCCCCCGCAACGAGAGAUUUCAUUACCUUCGAAUGUUAGGCGUGGAGGUCUUCAGAGACAAACAGGGCCUCGGGCAGAAACAGAGGGAUGCAGGAAAGGAGGUAAAGGAAGAUGUAGAGGGCGAGGUGGGAAAGGACGCGCAGGAGGAGGGCGCAAUGGAAAAUGAGGAAGAGCUGGACUUGGAGGCCGGUGAUGAAAACGGAUCACCACAACCCAAGAUGGACUCUGGAAAGCAGGCGAGCAGCUGAGGGGGAAAAGGACGAUUGACUGAAGUUGUAUUAGAGCUCUAAGAGCUGUUAACCUGGUCUAAGACCACAUCGUGUUUAAGAGGAGAGUGAUGUGCCUGUACCAGUUCCUCUGUUCACCACACUGCCAACGCAAAAGGAGAUGAACUCCCUUGGGAUUUAACAUUUUGGAUCCCCUCUGGAUCUUUUAGUUGAAUGGCUUGUUUUAUUUUAUAACAUGUUUUUUAUUUUUUUUUGAUGUUUUAGGAAUUUAUUUCGCUCACCAUUAGGAAUGACUUUUCUUUCACUUACUAAUGUUCAGAGAGGUUUAUAUAUAUUGCCAUUUUAUUUUCUACACCUGUAAUUAAGUGGAGCAAACAUGGAGGAAAUUAAAGCGUUUGAAGGUCAA